AUGGGCAAACUUCACUCUGAUGGCCGUAAAUGGUAUCAAAUCCGCUGGUUUUCACCUGAAGACACAGCCGAGGAACGGAAAUUGAUUCUCAAAUUGGAUUUGUUGGUUGUGCCUUACGCCUUCUUGGCUUAUUGGGUAAAAUACAUAGACCAGGCAAACAUCAACAAUGCCUAUGUCGGUGGGAUGAAGGAGGACUUGGGCUUCCACGGGAAUCAAUUGGUUCACUUACAAACAAUAUAUGUGGUCGGGGCAGUGACUGGGCAAAUCCCAUUUUUGUUCUUGUUCACCCGUGUUCCUAUGUAUUGGAUUAUACCAUUCCUCGAUGUCGCUUGGGGGAUAUUUACUCUCCUCCAGUAUAGAGUCCAUUCCUAUGCUGAGCUUAUGGCAUAUCGUUUCCUGGUUGGAUGGUUCGAAGCGGCAUUUUUCCCAGCAAUGCAUUAUAUCUUCGGGUCAUGGUACAGAGGGGAUGAAAUUGCCCGACGUGGCGGAGUCUUCUAUGUAGGUUUGACUCUUGGAACACUCACAGCGGGGCUCAUUCAAGCUGGAGCGUCGGCCCGUUUGGACGGUGUCAACGGGCUCGCUGGUUGGCGAUGGAUGUAUAUCAUCUGCUCGAUAAUCACCAUUCCAAUUGGUAUUCUUGGAUACUUCAUCCUUCCGGGUACACCGGACCGUCCAAAUCGCACGUUCUUGAAGCAGAGCGAUAUCGAUCUGGCAGCAAAAAGGCUCCAACGAGUAGGCCAUAAGACCUCGGAAAAGUUUACACUACGCAAUCUCAAAUCUGUGUUCACAAGGUGGCAGGUCUGGGCUUUACUCCUCCUCGAUAUAUUCUUCUGGAAUGGAUGUAUCAACACUUCGAGCGGAGGUUUCCUUCUCUGGUUGAAGAGUCUGAAUAGGUACUCAAAGGCUCGGGUCAAUGAACUAGGAUCUAUCUCACCAGCACUUGGAAUAUUCUACACGCUGUUCAUAUGCUUUGCAUCCGACCUGGUCCUUGGCCCGGCUUGGGCAAUCACGGUUGCACAUGUGUGGAACAUCACAGGCCUCAUAAUCCUAGUGGUUUGGAACGUGCCGGAAUCCGCCUUAUGGUUUGCCUUCCUCACGACAUACUCAGCUGUGGCGAUGUCAAGUGUACUCUACGGCUGGGUCAACAGCCAGUUGAGCUUCUCCCCUGCCGAGAGAUCGUUCACCUUGGUUCUUAUCAACCUGGUCUCGCAGUCUACUACCGCGUGGACACCCCUCCUCGUUUUCAAAACCCUUGAAGCUCCUCGAUUUACCAAAGGCUAUUCUUUUGUAAUAGGAAAUGCGGUAUGCUUGAUAUUACUGGCCCACAUCAUCAAGUACUAUGUUGGAAGGCACGGACUUGUGACCGGUGAGGUUGUACAAUCAAAGAAUACAACAGAAUUCGAUCAGGCUGGCGAGCUGACACCAGAAAAAACUUCUCCAACCCCUACGGAGCACGCCGUGACCAUCAAUAACAAAUCGGGUGAUUUUGUUUAG